CAGGUCGUGAAAGAACAGGUCGAGAUUUCCAUGCACGCUCGGGGUAUCGUCAUCGACAACGUUACGACGUAGAAAAGAAGAAAAAGGAGAAAAAGGGAAGAGCUGCUCAUUAGCCUGUUUAUCCUAAGGGGUGUCACGCGGAUGAGAGAUUGAAUUAAUCAGCUCGAGCACAAUGGCAUUGCCACACUGGAUCCUACCGCUGUUGAUCCUGGGAACCAGCGCGAUCGCGCUGGUUCCCGCGGCUCGGCAAUUUCAUGAUGAAGUCCUCAAGAACAAUCUGCGGAAGCAGAAAAGAUCUCUGGACGUGGCGGAUUCGCCGGAGUAUUACAAUGACCUGCACUCGUUUAAGUACCACGGCGGUGACACUAAUCGGAAGUUUGACCGUGAUUUCGAUGAGGACGACGAGGAAAUCGAGUUCCUACCUGGCGACAAUGGUCAGUUGGAAACAGUGGGGGAGGGUCUUCAGGGCAUAAACAACAAGCUACUCGAAAGAGCAUUGCUCGAUUAUUUGGAGACUUUACCUGAACAGGAAGAACCAGUGGCCUCGAUUUUCCGCGAGCGCGAGCGAAGCGGUAGCCGCAAACGGGGUGGCGCCGGCGAACGAAUGAAUCUGGAUAACAAGGAUCUGAUGAAGCUAUUCGUGGAGGAACUGCAGGACGGUUCUCCGUACGGUGCGCUCAUGGAAGUAAACGAUGACGACGACUAUCUAACCGCUUUACAAUCGCUUUACGACAGAUACAGAGCUGGUAGAGGGAACAAAGUAUACGAAACGACAGGACCAAUGUCUUGGGGCGAGCUUCUUAGCAAAGGCCCGUUGCUGAGAAGCCAGACGAAGGACGGCAACGACGACGAGUUCGUGGAUCGCGAUCAGGAUCAAGACAUCCUGUAUUUUCCGGCGGAACGUAGAAACGUAAAUGGUCGAUUUCCCAUCGGCCGUGAAUUCGGCAGUUAUCGCAAACUGACGAAACGCUAUCCGGUCGCUAAGAGAAGCCCCAGGCCGACCCAAACCAGAUUAAAGUCCACGGAUCCCAAGGUUGCUCAAGACUUGGGAGCCCUAUUCGGCACGCAAUUCACGGACUCGCACAAUCACACUCAUAAAUCCGAUCACGAACACGACCACGAUCACGAACGCAAGCAGCAAUUUAACCAGAGUCACGACCACGAAUACAAGCACGAACCCAAUCAGAAUCAUGAUCACGAACACGAGCACGGUAGUCACGAAGGCAAGUCAGAAACUCCAUCAAAAGUGACGCCGGCUCCGAAGGGCCAAAAGGAAAACGUUACGAAGACCGCCAAGUCGAAAUUCGUCCAGGUGAGGAAGAAGAGCGUCGAUUGGUCGCAAUAUUUCGGCAUCGAUCGAAGGAAGAAGAAAGCUACCUUCACGGCCGGACAGGGCACGCAGAAUCAGGACGACGAAUGGAUGUUGCAACGUUAUUAUGAGAAUAUGGCUGAAAAUUUGAAAUCAAAGGACGAUGAGAAUGAGCGGAAGGAUAAACUUGAGCAGAUGGACUCAAAAUUGAAAUAUAUUAAGGACCUAAUUGUCGAAGAAGCUAUGAGGUACGCCGCUUCAGAGGAUGAAGCAGAUCUGCAAAAGGUGAAGGAUAAAUUAAUGUCGCGAAUGGCAGCGGCUUAUUCGUUGCAGAAGAUGCGAAAAGCACUGAGCGAGCUUCGAAACAAUGUUGCAGCUCAGAAGGAGGCGCAGAGGAUGCAAAAAGAGGCGCACAAUAAUUUUACGUCUAAUUUUCGGGAAAAUAGUAACAGCAACAAUAAUCCAAGUACUAAUGGCGGCACCGAUAGUAAAACUGAUGAGAAGCGAAACAAUAUCCACAACAAUUUAGAGGAAACCGAGUCCAUUGAGGAACCCAAAAACUGUCCGGAAUUAGAAGCCAUCGAGUGGCGAUGCCGAGCCGUAGAUAACUUGGCCGGUGACACAUCUCAGAUGCUAUACGUGCCCUGUGUCAAACUGCAGAUCUGCAAAGCUUGUACGCAGGACGAGGAGGGGUUGUUACCCUGUCUCGCUAACUACGCCCUGGAGGCCGGUAAGAUUUGCGACGCGUUUGAGUCCAGAGACGAGCAGCCGCGGAUGACAGCGGUACACGAGAGUGAGAGGCAGUCGUGUGGAAACACUGCGUUGUUGCUAUCGCAGCUACAUCCGCCCGGAACGGCGAUCGUGCAGUGUCGUGCACGGAACGCCCACGACUCGUGUUUGCGGCGAUAUCACGCACGAUACGAGCACCGAUACUUUCGCACGUCGCCGGCGUACGAGAGCACCGGGCAUCGCUUCCACCACGAAGGCGCCCUCGACACGUUGCAGCAAACUAUGUACGAACGAUAAGGAUCAGGCUAACGAGAGGAAGCCACCCCCGGUUUGGCCGCGCGAUAGAGUGGACCGCCAGUUAUCCGGAUUAACCGGGUAUCGCCUGAGUACAGAGUCCCUCUGACGAUCCGAUUGAAUGUGACAGAGAUUUUUCAUUUAUAUCGAAACUAUGUUACUGUUGCUUACAUUUCGUUUUUUGUUCAAUCAUCUUUGGCCUACGUUUCUUAUCUAGAAGUUUCGUCCGGAUAACGGCGGAUUUACUCUAUUAUUAACCUUGCCCUUUGAGGAUCGGAGUUUUCUAAAGUAACUUAUAGAAGAUUUUGUUUUCUGAAGAUUUUUGAAGCUGAAUUCGAU